UAACAUUAAUUCAGUAUUGCUGUUUUUCUGGAAAUAUUCGUUGAACAAAGAUUUGCGGCAUAAAAACCGUGUGCUAUACUGAGCAUCCUUGAAACAAUAUAACAUCAGGAAAAGAACAGCAAUCGGGAAUAUGCUAACCCAGUACAGUAUAAUCCAGCCCGAGUCCGAAGACUAUUUUUACCAUAUGGCCCUUGUGUGGGCUCAGUGCUGAACGUAUCCUCUCUGCACAGUAUACCAUAAAGUCCUGUUCGUUUUGUAUGCCUUGAACGUCCACCGCAGUAGGCCAAGGUAUCAACCCUCCCACCCAGUGGAAACCACAAGGGGCGAAGGAACACGCAAAGGAGGAGGCCUGAUUUCCUCGCACUUCGCAGAAACCGAAGAUUCGCGGAAGAAAACCGAUCUCCAGGUUAGCGUGUUCUCGGAGGUUCGAUUGGCUAUCGGCCCAUUUUGCUCUCAAUGGAUUAAAAUCAGUAUAGUAAAUUUAUUUAGAACGAAACAAUGGCGUUAUCUGUUUUCAUAAUCCAUGUGCCUUUCAUCUCGCGUAUCCAGUGGUUAUAAAUAUAUGCAAGCUGUAACAAUGCAGGGUGACUUUAAAAGAUAUUCCGAAACGCUGCCCAAAGCUUCCAAGUAACGUCCUGAAGGCUUGUGGAACACAGGUAAGCCUCGCCGGCUCAUACUGACGCACGGUUCGUCCUCCUGUUCUGCAAUGGUUCCGACACCGACAGACACCGUCAACCGGCGCUUAAUCCAGUCUGUGACCGAGGCACGAGCCAAACUUAGAUGUGCACGCCCUGGUAGACGUUUUGUCUUCUAACAGAUUAGACAGAUGUCUUUAAAUAGGUAACUAAGAGGCGAGAUGGCUUGCUCGAUGCACUCUCCCCCCCCAGCCAACCCCGUUUCCCCAUUUUCUCUCUCUUUUCUUUCCCUCUCUCUGGCUUCUCUGGCUUUUUUCUGUUACGUUAGCACUGGCUUUCAAUGGUUUAUUUUCACAGAGCCAAAACAUCGGCGCCUCUUAAGAAAUUAUUGAAGUGUUCAGAUUCAGAGAUGGGCACGUAUACAAUUAAGCGAUUAAUAGGUUGAGAGAUUCUUUUUCGACUGAGAAAUGAAAAAGACACACGAACCGGUGAACGGAUCCUGAAGGUUCAUGUAAGAAGAUGCAUGUGGACGUGACUUACGACAGUGAGGACGUCUGUUACUCUUCAUUUGGCCAUUCCCUUUUUCUUAAAACUCUGGCCGUUUGUGCAUUUGAUUCCAUCGUUUUUAAUCCAUGCUUAGCAUAAUUUGCUGUCUCUAAAGCAACAACCGCCAUAAAACAUCAAAAUACUGUUGUAAGAUGACAUAAAUAGCAUUAGCGCAACAACACAGGGUUACUCGUGUUUUAACGAAUAUAGAGUACUGCCAUGCUUGUGUCAAGAAGGUUAAAUAUAUUCGUUAAAAUACAUAAAUUGUACGCGCGCAAAUUUGCAUCUACCCGUCCGGGUAAAAUAGGCUUUGUUUAUAAGACCAGAAAGAUACAUAUUCACACUUAUAUCUAGUCUCCCAGUUUAAUAGUAUAUAUUUUAAUAUUUUAGUCAUUGAAGUAGCCUGGUUCUUUCUGUGUGGGACCAGCGAGUUCCCUGGAAAACCUGGCAUAUACUAAUAUUUUUGACACAUUAAUGGCAUUAACUAUUAAGAAGUUGGUGCUUCUGUUCACCCAGACUUGGCGGGUGUAUACUGCAGAAUUAAUUGCAGAAGCGUCAUGGCGUUUUCCUUGUUUGCAUCAUUGGGAGCUCCAGACUGUGCUUUUCACAAAUCCAGCCUUACUUUGUUGAAAAAAAAAAGUUUAACAAAUUGCCUUCCAAGUCUUCUGGCGAGCACACCAUCACGUGGUUUGGCCCGGCUUCCCCAGUUGCUUGUCUUACAAGAAAAUUGUUCUGUAUUAGGCCACACUUAAGCCUUUCUAAAUCAGUUACGGUUGCCCCAAGUAAAAAUGGACAUCCUCACUGCAGCUCCUGCCCUUCGCGCAAAAAAGCGAAAACCACAAAAGCCCUAUUUGACUUUGACUUAAGAGAUUGUAUCAUAAACAAAACCAAGGACACAAAUUACGGGGAAAGAACUGAUUACUAAACAGUUUGAUGUGACCGUGUGUAAGAGUUGGCAUAACCUGGCAGCUGUAUAGGUUAUGUAUAUUUUCGUUGAAGAAUGUGAAGUAUGGCUUUUCCUCGGCUACGCGCAAGUUUUAUGAUUACUGCGAGAAUAACGGUGCCAGUAAAUUUUCCUAAAAUACACAAAAAUAGAAUUCAAUUUCUUAGCAUCGUUUCGAUAAUAUGAGAUUAAUUAGAACAUAUCUAAUCAAGAAUUAUAAAGCAGUUAAAUUUAACCCGAGUUAAACGUCGCCAAAUGCAAAACUAUCUGACAGAAUGUUUUUAUUUGUAGUUGUCUCGUAAAGUUUCCCCUUGUCAUAUUUUGUCAAGCGGGCAGAUUUAAGGUUCCGGGAGUGGUGAUGGCAGUUGGAUCCAAGCUCCUCCCAGUUCGCCUGGCCCUUUGUCUGCUCCCCUCUGCUUUGAUUCUCUGUUAAAGAUUACUUCUCUUGACGUGUCGAAGUAAAAAUUAACUACACUUUCUAUAGAAUAUGCUGUUUUAGGAAUUUUGGAGAGUGUUCCAAAGAGCUGAGCCAGGGAGAUCAGCCCCUUAGGCUUCACUGCGAGGCGCGGGUCGGUUAAAGUCGGAGAAAACGUCUUUCCGUUUUUUCCUACUUACGAAAUAAGUUAAAUUACAAAUGAAUCCUCGGAUACACACUCAAGAGGCAGAUCAGCCCUGUGCAAUAUGGUCCACUGUGGCUUAGAUUAGUAAUGAUAAUACUGUAUGGUACAUUAAUGUAAAAUAUUAAAAUAAAACAUCAAUCUCCUGACCUCUAAGCACCAGUGGACAAAGGUUCACCAAUAAUUUGUUCCCGUUAAUAAAUAAAAAAAUGCAGUUCGACAGAAUCUAUACUGGCAUUAAGAACAGGAUCGCUAGGCUGAAAGUAAGGGUUUAAUUGUAAUCCAUGGGUAAUUAGUUGAGGGAUAUCUGCGUGGGUGUAAACCAAGCCCCCUCUCUCCGAGCUCCAGUGAGAAGUGCAGAAACCCCUCUUAUCAAAAGAUUGUUUCCAGAGACCUCGCAUUUCUCCUCUUCCUCACAAGCCAGAAGUGUUGAAAGUCCUAUGUCAUCUGCCAGAAUAGGAGAGAAAGAAUAGUUUCUCAUACCCCCCGUUAAAACAAAGUCGAUUUGGAUAGUAGCGCGCACUGGACUCGCUUCAGUGGUGGAAUUAAUUGAAGUCGUCUGGUGAAAACGCCUUCGCGGGGACAAGGGGAUAUGAAGAGAUAUUUUUUUUGCUUGCGUCGUUGGAUGAAAAUAGUCUAAACUGGAAUAAUUUUGGAAAAGUAAAGAAACUAAUGGCUUAAGAACACAAGACACAAGGAAAGAUUUUUCAUUUGAGAAUCACUUAUGUUGACGCAGGAUAAUCACGUGAUCACAUCAUUUUAGGCUUUAUUUUUGGAAUUUGGAAGGCCCUCAUCUUGCGGUUAAAACAUCAGAUAACCCAAUCUGCUGAUAAUAAUAAUGUUUGGUAAUAACAAAUCGGAGUUUCGCUAAUUUGCAGACACGUCGCACUGGUCUUUGGAACACCUGGAAAGAGAGAGCUAGGAUUAAUAUAUAGCAAUAUAUUAUAUUUCGAGGGAAUCCAAAGUACUUCCGCUGGUUGAUCAUUAAUCUGCUUUUACGCACCCUCAAGACACGUUAUACCUGCACGACAUCCAGUACUGAUAAGCAGUAUUAUCUCGGUCAGCUUCCAAGAGGCCACUGGAAGGAGACUGUCACGUGACCUCGGGUGCCAAUGUUCUUCCAGAAGGUCGUCGGGACCCUGGUAGCCAGUGACGCUCUUUUUGGAAAUGCAGAAAACAACCUAUUACGACAAUUCGACGCUUUUCGGAGGUUACUCGUACCAGGGGGCCAACGGUUAUGGUUACGAUGCGCAGCAGCCCGCGUACCAGCCCGCGGCUCACCUGGAGAACAGCUACCAGCGGUCUGCCUGCUCUGUGCAGAGCCUGGACGGGAGCGCCCUGCAGCAUCAGGCCAAGGCUAAAGAGCUCAAUGGGAGCUGCAUGCGACCCAGUCUACCACCUGAGCAUCACCAGUCCACCCCCGUGUCCCCACCCCACAACCCCGCCAAAAACCCCAACAGCAGCACGGUGCCACAGCCGGGGACCAGCAGCAGCGGAGGCACAGCGAAAACACCCCCCAAAUCCUCCUCCAACCCCACAAACCCCACGCUCAACAAGCAGAUAUUCCCCUGGAUGAAAGAAUCGAGGCAGAACUCCAAACAGAAAAGCAGCUCACCGAGUGUCAGUUCAGCUAACGUGGAGAGCAGCAGCGGCGGAGAGAAAAGCCCCCCGGGUUCAGCGGCCUCUAAGAGAGCGCGCACCGCCUACACCAGCGCGCAGCUGGUGGAGCUGGAGAAGGAGUUCCACUUCAACCGCUACCUCUGCCGGCCGCGGCGUGUGGAGAUGGCCAACCUGCUCAACCUCAGCGAGAGACAGAUAAAAAUCUGGUUUCAGAACCGCAGGAUGAAGUACAAAAAGGAUCAGAAGUGUAAAGGAAUGGGCUCAUCUUCGGGGGGGCCGUCUCCCGCGGGAAGCCCCCCCCUCACGAUGCAAUCAUCCUCCGCCUUCAUCAACUCCAUGCACACCAUGACCGGUAGCUACGACGCCCCCUCUCCGCCAUCUUUCAACAAGUCUCAUCAAAACCCCUAUACAAUAUCUGCAGCCUAUCAGACCCCCAUGAAGAGCUGCCCCUCCCAGCAGAAGUACACCAACACGGCGCCAGAAUACGACCCCCACGGUCUGCAGGGCAACGGCGGUGCGUAUGGAACUCCCAGCAUGCAGGGCAGCCCUGCGUAUGGAGGAGGAAACUAUGCGGACUCCAUGCACUCUACCGGCCCAUCUAUGUACACCCUUAAUCACCUGCCUCACCCCCAGUCUAAUAACAUGGACUACAGCGGUGCCACACAGAUGCCUACCAGCCAGCACCACGGACCGUGCGAACCGCACCCGACAUACACUGACCUCUCAUCCCUCCAUCCUUCUCAGGGUAGAAUCCAAGAAGCUCCUAAGCUAACGCAUCUGUAGCCUGGAGAGGAACCCAAGCUUUCUGGGCACUGCAAUGGGACUGACUGCAGCAGGCCUGGAGAGGAACCCAAGCUUUCUGGGCACUGCAAUGGGAUUGACAACAACAACAAAAAAUGACCCAGUGGUUUCUUGCUUUGUCAAAAAAAAAAAAAAAGUGUUGAUGUUGCAGAUUUUUUUUCGUGUGAUGUUCGUCUACAGUGUAUCCGUUUUUCUUAUUUUGAAUCACGUGAAAGACGACCCAGCCCCUAAGAAUACAGCAGUUCAGAGAAACUGCGUUUGGAAACGGUUUAUAGAUUCCCCGAUGACCAUACGUCAUCCUUAUUGACGCCUUUUAGGAUAUGCCUUUAUAUAAAGCCAACAGUACUCCGUCUCGGCGUGAGAAGCCAGUCGUGUUGACGUCAUCGACGUGCCCAGAUAGUCACACGGGCUUGGAAUAUUUCAAGAAUUAAUUACUUUCAAGUAUCUUUAACUGGAGCAAGAAAACCACUGGAUUGUUUUCGGUUCAUUUACUUUCUCAUGUUACCUCUUUUUUUCUUAAAUGUGUCGCUUAUAAUUAAUCUUCCGGAAUUAGUACGAGAGCCAUCGCUUUCUUGUGGUCACAUAAUGCCCUUACUUUAGUCGUUACGUUAUACGAACGGUAUAAAUAUCGAAUUUUUGUUAUGGAUUUACGCAUUUAAAAUUGUGUGGUAUACACGAGCCAUUUGGGUUCCCAUCAGCGAAGUGUACGAGUUGAGAAAACCAUUACCAGAGCCUCACCGCCCACUUCCUCAACCUCGACGCAGCUGCCGCUGACUCACUCUUUUCAGUUCACGCGCAUCAGCCAGCACUCAAAAAGCCCACCUUCUUGAAUUCUCAACUUGACGUGAAAACAGGGUAUAUUUGAACAUGCCCAGGAAACGAGUCCUAAGUGAAUUUGUGUAGGCAUUCACAGUGGCUCUCCCGCCUGGGCAUCACAAUUGCACUUAGAGUUUACAUUUUAAUGGGAGAUAACAUAUUUUGGAACGGAAGGCCUCCAAUAAGCUCAAUCCUGGACGUCUGUCUGAGUGUGUGUUCAAGUGAACAUUAAUAAAUAUAUAUAUUUAUUUGUAAUAGACCGUUUUAAUAAUUCUUAUUUUGUAUUAUUUAUCCCCAUGUAUUUAUAUCAAAUGUACAUUUUAGUAUUUACCUGUUAUAAAGACAUUGUGUUAUUGUCAUGGUUACAGAUUUAUUUUAGUUAUUGUCUUUUAGCGAUGAGUAGUUUUAUGUUACCCUUGUAUAUAUAUAGUGUACUGAGUUAUACAGGAGGAACGUGGACGGAUCCAGACUGUUACUGAAUAGUCCAGAAAUAGACGAAGUGUUGCAAAACCGUUUUGGAAAACCUCCUUAGUUCUUUGUAGUCACUUUUGGUUCUUUGUUAAGAGUUGCCUGUUAAACAAUUCUUUAAUAAAAAAAAUCCUGUUAUUGUA